GGACGGCCAUGUUACGCACAGUAAAGCCCAAAAAUGCACGCUCAAAGCGAGCGCUGGAGGCGCGUGAGCCGAAGGAGGUCGAGGGACCGCGGCAGGCGAUAUUCGUAAAGGGCACGCAUACAGGCGAAAUCGUGAACAACGCCAUGAAGGAACUGAUGGCGCUCAAGCGCCCCGACGCGAUCUCCUUCUCAAAGAAAAACCCCGUGCACCCGUUCGAGGACGCGUCCUCGCUCGAGUUCUGGGCGCAAAAGAACGACGCCUCGCUCUUCGUCGUCGGGCAGAGCACGAAGAAGCGCCCGCACGGGCUCACGUUCGUCAGGAUGUUCGACUGCAAGGUGCUGGACAUGUGCGAGGUGGGGAUCGAGGCGUUCGUGAGCAUGCACGCGUUCAAGACGCCGAAAUCGACGCCGGGCCACCGCCCGCUGCUCCACUUCGCGGGCGAGCUCUUCGACACGCACCCGCGCCUCGCGCAGCUCAAGUCGCUCCUCCUCGCCUUCUUCGGCGGGCCCGCGCUCGAGAGCAUCCACGUCCCCGGGCUCGAGCACGUCGUCUCCGUCUCCCUGGCCCCCGCGCCCCCCGCCCGCGCCGCAGACGACGGGACCCUCCUCCCCAGGGUGCACCUGCGCACGUACACCGUCACGCGCGACCGCGCGGGGCGCGCCGCGCUCGCGCCCAUGGGGCCCUUCCUCGACCUCGCCCUCCGCCGCCACGUCCCCCCCGAAGCCAACGCGCACCUCCUCGCGCUCGCGAUGAAGCGCCCGAAGCUCAAGAAACAGGAUGUCCAGAAGGGCUUGGGGAAGCGGAGGCGGAACGUCGAGGUCGACGAGAUGGGCGACGUGAGGGGGCGCGUGCAUCUGGGGAAGCAGGAGCUGGGGGGGUUGAGGGGCAAGCGGAUGAAGGCGCUCCGAGGGGGGCCGGGGGAGAGCGGGGAGGAGAGCGAGGAGGAGAGGCCGCGGGAGAGGAAGCGGAGCAGGUCCGGGGAUUGAGUGCGCACGAGUGGGCUUCGUUUGUGUCUUAUUUUUGUUUCCCGCUACUGUAUAUAUGCUGUUUUCCGAUGGAGGUCCGCAGCUCACCCGGAUGUGCGCGUAAAGGUAGACCAUGGAAGCCUGACAUGGAUUUGGCUACUGACACUACAUACCUAUGCGCCACCGCCUGACCUGGGCAGCGCAGAUACAAGACAUACGGAUACAAACGAGCGAAAGACAGGACGACGGCGUCAAUAAUUUAUAAUGCAGACAACAAGCGACCCAACAAGAACGGUAGCACGCCAACGCCACCGUCCGCCAAAAUCCAAAAAAGACAGGAAGCCAAGGCCAGCUAAACCUGCAAGAAAUCCGUCCUUGUCGAAUCCGCAUCAUCCGCCCUC